CACGUUUGCAUUUCAGGUUGUACAAAAAUUUCCGACCUGUGGCACGUAGGUGGACUUUUUUCGCAAGUAUUCAGACAUUACCAUGGAUGCUGGGAAUCAGGAAGGUGAGACUGCAGUAAGCUCACCAACCGGUGAAGCAAUAUUCAGCAUGGAAAAGGUGGCAGAAGAUGCAAUGCAGGGAGGAAAGAGGAAGACGGAAGAGACAACAGAAGGGGAGCCGGAGCUGAAAAGACGAGUCUCGGCAGGGUCAGGUUUAUACCAGUUCCAGAGUUUCUCAGCUGAGAGGAAAGGAGAACGUGAAGAUAUGCAGGACGCGUGCACGUUGCUGGAUGACUGCACCGAAAGCUUCAGUACACUCCCCUCCACAGUGUCCAGAAUAGCUUACUUUGCGGUGUUUGACGGCCACAGCGGGGCCAGGGCAUCCCAGCACGCAGCUCAGACACUGCACCAGAACCUCUUCGGUAAAUUCCCCAAGACCGACACAGGCCACAAUGACAAAGAGAUCAAGCGCUGCCUGCUCGACACCUUCAAGCUGACCGACGAGGCGUUCCUGAAGCAGGCCUCUGCCCAGAAACCAGUUUGGAAGGAUGGUUCCACAGCAGUCUGCGUAAUGGCAGUCAAUAACGUCUUGUACAUUGCCAACCUGGGUGAUAGUAAGGCGAUGCUGUGUCGAUUCAACGAGCAGACCCAGAAGCUGUCGUUGAUCCCGCUGAGCAAGGAGCACAACCCCACCAUGUACGAAGAGAGGAUGAGGAUACAGAAGGCGGGCGGUACAGUCAAAGACGGCCGUGUGCAGGGCAUCCUGGAGGUCUCGCGAUCCAUAGGCGAUGGCCGCUUCAAGCACUGCGGCGUCUCCUGCGUGCCGGACAUCAAGAAAUGCCAGCUGGCGGACAGCGACCGCUACCUGCUGCUGUCCUGCGACGGGCUGUGGAAGGGAUUCAGCUCAGACACAGCAUUGCAGUUCAUACAAAACGUCCUUGAGGACAAGACAAUAAAACCGGCUCCUGGAAAAGCCCUGGAUGAGACAAAAUAUGAAUUGGCCUGCAGCAAGCUAGCGUCGGAGGCCAUCCGACGUGGCAGCUCAGAUAACGUCACUGUGGUCUUGGUCAGCAUCUCUAAGACAUAGCCAGGGAGGAAAAUGCUUCAUCAAGUUACGCUGGAACCGCCCGGUACAUACGUCACAACAACCGAUCCUGAUGGGCUCUUCUUCCACGGUCAACGGCAGCGCGGAGCCAAGUGGAAUGAAUGUGGGUGCGUGCUACCUGUGCCAACGGGGACGAGGUAACCGACCCCGGGAGAGAGGUAGCCAACAGCGACGACCAAGUCCAGCCCCCAGACGCACGGUGUCCCAUGACAGUUGAUGCUUCCACGUUCGAGCCACUUUACGUCAGAGAAACGUCACGACUUGACGAGCAGAUAAGCUUGAAGUAACUACACGUAUUACGAGCACAAAACUGCCCCGCUACCCAUCUACUUGCGACUUAUGUUCACGUUCUUAAAUAAUAAAAGAUUGGGAACUCGACUUAAUCGAUUGUCGGCAGAGACCAAUCGGAGCACGAGACCGCCGCACUCGAAGUGCCCCCCGGUAAUGACGGAAUUCGUAGGCAUUAUGCAGUGUUUGUACAAACAGUUGCCCGGGGCGGUAGGGUGUUGUAGCCAUUACCAAGGGAGGGGGGCUUCUUGAAGAUACGAUUACAAGAAUGGAUUGGUACCUGUACAAACUAGGCUGCAACCGACUCUGUUGUCUAGAGCUAGGUCUAGGUCUUCACUCCAUUGAAAAUACGUUGAGACGCGCAGAUAAUAGACCUAGCCGUAGCUCUGGAAGCCCGUUUCGGACACGGCCCAAGAAGAGUUUUCGAAUCUUGACCGUUUUUAUGGACGGAGACAGCCCCUGGUUAGGCCUAAAAGAUGGUGGAUUUUUCCAAGAUGGCGGAUGGAUUUUUCUCGAUUCUUUUGCUGAUAUUUUUCGUAAUUGGUUUUGAUAUUUUUUAUUGCGUCCCCACUUUACAGACACCGUUGCCAAGGUAACAGAAAUGAACUCGGCAAAGAAGAGUUACAAGACUGUUUCCUUUACAGGACCUGUUUGUGUAAUAAAUGCAAUUAGCAUUAAC